AUGAAGCAGGCGCUAAAUUUAGAGGUGCAAGUGCGUGGAUGUAGUGCGCAGAAUCCUCAGUGUUCUCUUAACGUAGUAGAUAAUCGUGUCUUAGGCUGUAAGAAUGUCUUGCUGUAUUCCCUACUUGACAAAGUUAUUAAUCUGAAGAUCUUUAAGCUCGUUGCAAGAGUGCUCAGUGCAUAUUAUGUUACGUCCUUUGUCGCAGCGGACAAAAUUAGGCUGCCUAUGUUAAAAUCUGCACAGCAAACAUCGGGCUUCUUGCUAUCAGCAUUCGAAUUCCAUGGCUCGAAAUCAGACUCAUUCUACAUCUCUGUAAACUCACAAGUCACUGCUCCACAAAUAUCUGAAUGGAUUCAAUGCGAACAGAACAUGUCAGACUACUCGCCUGUCACGUUAACAAGAGUUGCCAACUCUGAGGAGACGUCCGCUCUAGUAUUGACCUGUGUACGGAGGUGGGGGAGACUUGACAGGAGGAGGCGGGGAUUUUACAACAACGGGAGGAGGAGGAGACUUCGCUGGAGGAGGGGGAGAUUUCACGACGACGGGAGGAGGGGGGGACUUCGCUGCAGGUGGGUUACAAUCGGGAACCUGAGUAGGGGGAGACUUAGGCUUGCAAGGUUUGCGGCCCUUGUAGCCCAUCGACAUGCACUCCUCGUCGUCAUUGUCGUGCUCAUCUUUGCCUCCGUAGUUUCCAUCUUUCCAACCGCCGUCGCUUCCUCCCUUGCCAUCUUUACGGCCGUCUCCGCCAUUUCCUUUGUCGCUACCGCCGCCAUACUCGCCGCCACUGCUCCCGUCCUUCCCAGACUUGCCAUCGCCACUCGAUCCUCCGCCGUAGCCUCUCAAGGCUUGAAACUUGAGCUCGUCAUAUUCAUGCCCUUGAGCUUGGACAGAAGCCCACAUCUGCAGAGCGAGAACGCUCACCAGAGCUAUCAUCACCAGAGUCUUGCAUUUGAGGGGUCCCAUAUUUAUGAAUCAAGUUAUACACUCUGUGAGAGCUGUGGCUGAAGCCUGUGUGU